GAGCUGCCGACGAGGGGGGCGUGCGCCGCGAUCCGCUGCAGCCAGAGCGCUAGCCCGAGCCCGCGCUCGGCCGACCGCGUCCCGCAGCCCCUCAGCCCCGCAGCCUCGCAGCCCCGCAACCUCGGGCCCCGAGCGCCAUGAGCUCGGGCGAACGCAAAGCUGGGCCGGCUGGCGGCUGGGGGCGCCCCGCACCGGCGGCCGGAGCCUGGGCGCUGGGCGCGUUGUGCCUGUUGCUCUCUGUGGGCUCGGCGGCCGCCUGCCUGCUGCUGGGUGCCCAGGCGGCCGCGCUGCGGGGCCGGGUGGCGGCGCUCGAGGAGGAGCGGGAGCUGCUGCGCCGCACCGGGACCCCGGGCGCCCUGGCCGCCUGGGCCGAGCCACACUUGGAGCGCCUGUUGCGGGAGAAGCUGGACGGCCUGGCCAAGCUGCGGACGGCUCGGGAAGCGCCGGCCGAGUGCGUGUGUCCCCCGGGCCCCCCUGGACGACGUGGCAAGCCUGGAAGAAGAGGCGACCCUGGUCCUCCCGGGCAAUCAGGACGAGAUGGCUACCCGGGGCCACUGGGUCUGGACGGCAAGCCUGGACUUCCAGGCCCCAAGGGGGAUAAGGGCGCACCAGGAGACUUUGGCCCCCGGGGAGACCAAGGGCAAGAUGGAGCUGCUGGGCCUCCGGGCCCCCCAGGUGCCCCUGGAGUCCGGGGUCCCCCUGGGGACACGGGAAAAGAUGGCCCCAGGGGAGCACAAGGUCCCACGGUAAGAGGGAAGCCAGGUCCCACCCCAGUCCUAUGCCCACAGAAACCCCAGGAACCAAACCCAAACCCAGGAACCCCUGGGGGCCAGGGGGACGACGGGACCCCAAGCCAGCCAGGGCCCCCUGGGCCCCCAGGGCCCAAGGGGGAGCUGGGAAACCCAGGACCUCAGGGAGAGAAGGGAGUGGAUGGUGCCCCAGGACCCAAGGGGGAGCCGGGUCAGCCAGGCACCAAUGGAGCUGCAGGACUGAGGGGAGCCCCAGGCCUCAAGGGUGAGCAAGGGGACACAGUGGUGAUCGACUAUGAUGGCCGGAUCAUAGAUGCCCUGAAGGGUCCCCCAGGGCCACCAGGACCCCCAGGUCUACCAGGAACCCCCGGAGCCAAGGGCGAGCUUGGAUUGCCUGGUGCCCCAGGAAUUGAUGGGGAAAAGGGCCCCAAAGGACAGAAGGGGGACCCAGGAGACACUGGGCCAGCUGGCCCCAGAGGUGAAGCUGGCGCGAUGGGCCUAUCAGGCCUCCCGGGCGCCGAUGGCCUCAAGGGGGACAAAGGGGAGCCAGGCCCUGACCAUCUUCAGGAAAGCCUGGCCCAGAUUGUGGAGCCAGGGCCCCCUGGCCCUCCAGGCCCCCCAGGGCCCCCAGGCCCCACGGGCCUUCAGGGAAUCCAGGGUCCCAAGGGCCUCGACGGUGCAAAGGGAGAGAAGGGCACAACCGGCGAGAGGGGCCCUGGUGGGCUGCCUGGGCCAGCAGGCCCUCCGGGCCUCAUUGGGCUGCCAGGAACAAAAGGAGACAAGGGCAGACCAGGGGAGCCUGGGUUAGACGGCUUCCCUGGACCCCGUGGAGAGAAAGGUGACCGGAGCGAGCGUGGAGAGAAGGGGGAUCGAGGCGUUCCUGGCCGGAAAGGAGUGAAGGGCCAGAAGGGGGAACCUGGACCUCCAGGUCUGGACCAACCAUGCCCUGUGGGCGCUGAUGGGCUGCCCGUGCCUGGAUGCUGGCAAAAGUGACGCUGGCACUCAGCUGACCACCUGUACAGACCCGCGUGGAUGUUUUUCACGUUUGUAAAAACAAAACAGUAAUAUAUUGAUCUUCCUGGGAUACAACACCUAUGGCCUUUGAACUUUGGGUGUCUGGCCCAGCAGAAGCUGUCAGCCCAAGAGACUUGGGGAACAUGGCUCCCAGGAACCAAGAACCCGCCCCCGGGCUUGGCUUUCCAGGAGGGAGACGAAGGUGGGAGGGCCUGGCUCCAAGAGACUGCGAGAAUGCUGCGCCCGGCCUGAGGUCACCUGAUCAGAGAGAACCCCCCACCCCACCCCAUGGCCCCCAAGUCCCACCCAGAAGACCCAGUGUCUGGACAGCUGCUUCCCCCAGCCGCCAGAUUCAGCAGAGCCAGCUGUGUCCUCCCAGGGUCGAACCCCCCAAACCCUGUGCCCUGGGUACAUCAGGGUAGAACAUUCCUGCAGCUACAAGCCAGCAGCCAGCCGUGGGGGGAAGCACCCUUAUCCCACUGAUCCCCCAAGUCUACAGGCCUCAGCCAGUCCAUGUGAUGACACAUGCGCUCUGGCCCAGAAGACAGGCCAGGUGCCAUGACAACCAAAUGUGGAAGACAGGGCAUCAUGGGCCAGAGUGACCACCAUAUCCUGCCUGAGCCCACAUCACCCAGGGCUGGACCAUGCUGGACCCCACAGGCCUGAGGCCAGGUCCCACUGCCCUCAGCAUCCCACCUGGAGAAUGCCGGCUAGCCUGCCAAGCAUGGGCCUCCCGAGUUGGGGGGCAGAGAGGCAGCCCCCAGCAGGUCCCCAGCUGCUGGGCUGAGUAGAGGCUUCCCUUCCCCCACACACAAGGGUCCCAGCCACCAGCUCUGGCCCAGCUCCUAGCCUCCCCUCUGUGUAGAUGGAUUCCGCUGCUUCCUUCCCUCUCUGUGUAGACGGAUUCCACUGCGCAUAAUAAACCACCAGUGUGUU